AUGAGUGUGGAUCAUCAGAACCAUACUAGUGUUGAUACGAAGAAGAAGAAGAAAAAUGGGUCUAAUAUUGGAUCCAUUUUCAUGCAUGCAGAUGGCGUAGAUUGGUUUCUCAUGGUUUUGGGUUUGUUUGGAGCCAUUGGUGAUGGAUUCACCACUCCUGUUUCCUUGUACUGCACUGGCGGAAUCAUGAACAAUAUUGGUGAUGUUUCUAAAAUGUCACCAACUACUUUUAUCCACAACGUUAAUAAGUUUUCAUUGGCCUUGUCAUACUUGGCUUGUAUGUCCUUUUUUGCUUCCUUCCUCGAGGGUUAUUGCUGGACAAGAACAGGUGAAAGACAAGCUACAAGAAUGAGAGUCAAGUAUUUACGGGCAGUGUUGAGACAAGACGUAGCAUACUUUGAUUUGCAUGUCACAAACACGUCCGAGGUCAUUACCUGUGUCUCUACUGACAGCCUCGUAAUUCAAGAUGUUAUUAGUGAAAAGGUUCCAAAUUUCUUGAUGAACUUCUCUAGGUUUGUUGGGAGCUACAUAGUGGCUUUUACUAUGUUGUGGAGAUUGGCCAUUGUGGGGUUUCCCUUUGUGGUGCUUCUUCUGAUCCCUGGUUUAAUUUAUGGGAAGACCAUGAUGGGUUUGGCUAGAAAGAUCAGAGAAGAGUGUAACAAAGCUGGUACAAUAGCAGAACAAGCAAUAUCUUCCAUAAGAACCGUUUAUUCCUUUGUGGGGGAAAGUAAGACCAUAGAAGCUUUCUCUGAUGCUCUUCAAGGGUCUGUGAAAUUAGGGUUGAGACAAGGCUUAGCUAAAGGCUUAGCCAUUGGAUGCAAUGGUAUUGUGUUUGCUAUAUGGUCUUUCAUGUGCUAUUAUGGGAGUAGAUUGGUCAUGUAUCAUGGUGCUAAAGGAGGGACAGUAUUUGCGGUUGGAGCAGUCAUGUGUGUUGGUGGAAGGGCAUUAGGUUGUUGUUUAUCUGAUUUCAAGUACUUUACAGAAGCAUGUGCUGCUGGGGAACGCAUAAUGGUAAUGGUAAAAAGAGUGCCAAAGAUUGAUUCUGAAAAUAUGGGUGGGGAGAUUCUAGAGAAGGUUUCAGGAGAAGUAGAAUUUGACCAUGUCAAAUUUGUGUAUCCAUCAAGGCCAGACAAUGUUAUUCUGAAUGAUUUUUGUCUAAAGAUUCCAGCAGGGAAAACAAUAGCUUUGGUUGGAGGAAGUGGCUCAGGAAAAUCCACUACGGUGUCACUUUUGCAAAGGUUUUAUGACCCAAUUGAAGGAGAGAUACGUGUUGAUGGUGUGGCCAUUCAGAAGUUUCAACUCAAUUGGUUGAGGUCUCAGAUGGGUUUGGUGAGCCAAGAGCCUACUCUGUUUGCAACAAGCAUUAAGGAAAAUAUACUAUUUGGAAGAGAGAGUGCCACUGAUGAAGAAAUUGUUGAGGCUGCUAAAGCUGCAAAUGCUCAUGAUUUCAUUUUACAAUUGCCACAAGGAUACAACACCCAGGUUGGAGAGAAAGGAGUUCAACUAUCAGGUGGACAAAAGCAAAGGAUUGCUAUUGCGCGAGCAAUAAUAAAACAUCCACAAAUCCUUCUUCUUGAUGAAGCAACAAGUGCACUAGACUCUGAAUCUGAGCGCAAAGUUCAAGAAGCUCUUGAUAAAGUUUCAGCAGGUCGAACCACUAUUAUCAUAGCUCAUCGCUUAUCCACCAUAAGGGAUGCAUAUGUUAUCGUUGCUUUACAAAAUGGGAAGAUCAUUGAGAUGGGUUCUCAUGAUGAGCUCAUACAAAAUGACAAUGGGUUUUACACAUCUCUUGUUCAUUUUCAACAAGUUGAGAAAUCAAAAAAUGACACUCUCUUUCAACCUAUUACAUCAAAUGGGGACACUCAAAAGACAAAUAGUCAUGUUGCAAGUCAUUCUAUUUGUGCAAAUUCAGUGUCUCGAUCUUCCCUUGGCAUUGGAGAUGAUGCUGAAAAGGUUAGAGAUCAUGAUCAUAAAAGGCUCACAUCUCCUUCAUUUUGGAGAUUGUUGGCCUUGAAUCUCCCAGAGUGGAAACAAGCAUGUUUGGGGUGUUCGAAUGCAGUGUUAUUUGGUGCAAUUGAGCCGUUGUACGCAUUUGCAACGGGCUCCAUGAUAUCAUUUUUUUUCCUUACAAAUCAUGAUGAGAUUAAAAGGAAAACUAUAAUUUAUUCUCUACUUUUUGUGGGAUUGGCAGUGUUUUCAUUGGUUGUUAACAUCAUCCAACAUUAUAGUUUUGCUUAUAUGGGAGAGUACUUGACCAAAAGGAUUAAAGAGAGAAUGUUUUCCAAGAUACUCAAUUUCGAAGUUGGAUGGUUCGAUCGGGAUGAAAAUUCCACUGGUGUUGUUUGCUCUAGACUAACUAAAGAAGCCAAUACAGUGAGGUCUUUAGUGGGAGAUAGAAUGGCACUAUUGGUGCAAACUAUCUCUGCUGUGGUAAUGGCAUGCACAAUGGGCCUGAUCAUUGCAUGGAGAUUAGCCAUCAUGUUGAUAGCAGUUCAACCUAUUAAUAUUGCUUGCUUCUACACAAGACGUGUACUCCUCAAGCGUAUGUCUAGAAAGACCAUCAAAGCCUUGGAUGAAAGUAGCAAAAUAGCUGUCGAAGCUAUUUCCAACCUUCGAACCAUCACUGCCUUUUCCUCACAAGAUCGAGUCAUAAAAAUGCUUGAAAAAGCCCAAGAAGGCCCAAGCCGUGAAAGCAUUCGACAAUCUUGGUUUGCAGGCAUAGGGCUUGCAUGUGCCCGAAGCCUCACAACUUACACUAGGGCUUUGGAAUAUUGGUAUGGUGGAAAGCUUGUUUCAUAUGGCUACAUUACUUCUAAAGCAAUGUUUCAAACUUGUUUAAUAUUGGUUAACACAAGUAGGGUCAUUGCCGAUGCUAGUAGCCUCACUAGUGACCUUGCAAAAGGAGUAGAUGCUGUUGGCUUAGUCUUUUCAAUCUUAGAUAGAAACACAAAAAUCAAGCCUGAUGAAACCAAUGCAUACCAACCCAAACAGUUAAAAGGCCACAUAGAACUCCAAGAUGUCUAUUUUGCAUACCCAUCAAGAUCCAAUAUGAUGAUCUUCCAAGCUUUCUCAAUUAAAAUUGAUGCAGGCAAAUCAACAGCAAUGGUAGGGCAAAGUGGAUCUGGCAAAUCUACUAUAAUGGGCUUAAUAGAGAGAUUUUAUGAUCCACUUAAAGGGAUAGUGACCAUUGAUGGUAGAGACAUAAGGUCAUAUCACCUUAGGUCACUAAGGAAUUACAUUGCACUUGUGAGCCAAGAGCCAGCCCUUUUUAAUGGGACCAUAAGAGAAAACAUAGCAUAUGGAGCAUUUGAUAAGACUAAUGAAGUUGAGAUCAUUGAAGCAGCAAGGGUAGCUAAUGCUCAUGACUUUAUUGCAAGUAUGAAGGAUGGUUAUGAGACAUGGUGUGGAGAUAGAGGAGUACAAUUAUCUGGGGGCCAAAAACAGAGGAUUGCAAUAGCUAGAGCUGUGCUUAAGAAUCCAAAAGUGUUGCUUUUGGAUGAGGCUACUAGUGCACUUGAUAGUCAAUCAGAGAAAGUGGUUCAAGAAGCUCUAGAGAGAGUUAUGGUAGGAAGGACGAGUGUGGUGGUGGCUCAUAGACUGAGCACUAUAAAAAAUUGUGAUCGGAUUGUUGUGUUAGAUAAAGGAAGGGUGGUAGAAGAAGGGACCCAUUUGUCUUUGUUAGUAAAAGGACCAAGUGGAGUUUACUACUCUUUGGUAAGUCUUCAAAGAAGUGAGACAACAACAGCUAGUAUUACUGAUACAAAAUACUCCACCAACUAAUUGCAACAAAUCAAGCCAAGUAGCUUAAUUUGUCAAUUUGAGAUCUUAUUCGACCUCAUUUUGAUUUUGUGGGAAGAAUAAGGAUAUAUAUGAUCUACACAAAAGUGGUUUUGGUACUUUACUUGUUUUAGAGUUGUAAGUUAUAUGUUCCCUUUCUACCAUAAAAAAAUAAAGAUA